AUGUCAAAUAGUAAGGUACAAUUUCCGGCUAAAGAAUAUUCUAAUGUUCAAAAGGAAUGGAUUGGAAAGGAAUAUAUUGUAACACCAAGUAUAUUAAAUAUAUUGGUUGAUGGUGGUAUAAUAAAAGAUAAGAAUGUAAUUGACAUUGGUUGUGGAAACGGUCAUUAUAGUAAUGAUAUGUUAAAAUGGGAAGCUAAAAGUGUUCAUGGUAUUGAUCAAUCAAUUGAGAUGAUAAAUAAAGCUAAAAAUACUUAUACUAAAAAAGGAUUAACUUUUGAAUGUAUUUCAACACUUGAUAUGAAAUAUGAAGAAAUAUAUGAUGUUGCUGUAGCAUUUUUUGUUAUGGAAUUUAAUCAAACAAUUGAUGAUUUAUUUAAAUCAUUUAAAAAUAUCCAAAAAUGUUUAAAAAAAGGAGGUAAAUUUAUAUCAAUAAUACCAAAUGGUAUCCAAAAUUAUAAUUCAACAAAAGAAGAGGGUCAAAAAUUUGGUGCAUCAUGGGAAAUAAAUUUAUCAACAAAAAGAUAUGAUGGUGAAAGAUUAAAAAUAAACUUUUAUAAUAAAAAUGGUGAAGUAAUUGGAAAUUCACCUGUGACAUUUUAUUUUAAUGAAACAUAUAUAAAUGCUGCUUUAUCAGUUGGUUUUACAAGUGUUGAAUUUAAAAAUGUUAUAAUAAGUGAAGAUGGUAUUAAAAAAUAUGGAAAAGAAUUUUUUAAUUCUUUUAUAAAUCCACCAAAAAUUGUUUUUCUUAUAGAAACAAAUUAA